AUGUCAGCCCCCUCAGAUCGCCCCGACACACACGCCGCAAGCCAGGCCUCAACACAGCAACAUGCUCUCGGGAUUCCUAGACCCCCUUCCGUGGAUGGAAUCUCUUCCCGGCUGACAGACGACGAUGGGGAACGAACCCCGUCUUAUUCGUCGCCUCCUCCUCGGCACCAGUCUCAGUCGUCUGUUUCUCGUCGAGGUCCGCCUCCAGCAGCCCGGAACUCGAUCACUAGCCAAGUGACCAGUAGACCCGGUAGCUCUGGGAGUAGACUGAGCAGGUCACAUAUCCCGUCUCUGACUGCACAGGGAUUCUUCCGACCAAUGAGCUCGCAAAGAUUGCAGGCACACCGAGGAACACGACCCUUGACCAAAGGGACCGGCUCAUCCGCCGACGAAUGGACCCAGCAAGGCAGCCAGCACCGGGGAAGCUUGAUUUCCAACAGUACAGUCCCGCAAGGCUCUCUUCCGACUGAAAUGGAAGUCCCACCAUCACGGGGAACAGAGUUCACGGAUCCCAUCAUUCCAGACCGCAACACUUCAAACGCCAGCCCUAUGGGCAACACAACAAUCCGAAGUCUGGGUGAAAGUGUUCGACUUUUGCGGGAUCGAGAUCAGAAAGAAAAGCCUCAGCGUCUAAACUUGGGCGCAAACUACACAGGAAAUGCUGCACAAGAGGCACCACCACCAAAAUCGCCUCUCUCGUUCUUGUCAUUGCAAAAUAGGGGUGUCGGACACAACAAUCACGACUCGCGGAGCCACCAAGGUCAUGAGCAUCUUUCUUCCGCCGGGUCUUCCCCGGGCCCUCUUGAUGUGAAGAAACCACAGCUACCCAGAACAAAGCUGGGUAAAAACUACGAAUACUUCUUGGGCAACACCCUUUUCUGCGGUGGUGGGCGACUCCAAAAUUCCCGAGAUAAGCCUGUCAACAUUGCCACCGGGUUUUUGCUGGUUAUUCCCUCUGCGUUGUUCUUUGCGUUUUCGGCUCCUUGGCUAUGGCAUAAUAUCUCUCCUGCAAUCCCCGUCUUGUAUGCCUACGUUUUCUACGUGUGCUUCUCGUCCUUUGUUCAUGCAUCUGUUGUUGAUCCUGGGGUCAUGCCUCGCAAUGUUCAUCCUAUGCCCCAUACAGAAUCUACGGGCGACCCAUUGGUCCUUGGCCCCCCCACCAACGACUGGGUAAUGGUCAAACUUGCCACUUCCGAUGUAGCUGCCAUGGAUGUACCUGUGAAGUAUUGCAAGACGUGUAACAUUUGGCGGCCCCCUCGCUGCUACCACUGCCGUGUGUGCAACAACUGUGUCGAAACUCUUGACCACCACUGCGUGUGGCUGAACAAUUGUGUUGGUCGCCGAAACUACCGUUAUUUCUUUACUUUUGUCAGCUUCUGCACGCUUCUCGCUCUCUUUUUGAUCGGCGCGAGUUUAGCUCAUAUUUUGGUCUACAUGUCCCGAGAAGGGGUAUCCUUUGGGGCUGCGAUCUCCAAGUGGAGAGUGCCCUGGGCCAUGGUGAUAUACGGCGCCGUUGCGGUGCCGUAUCCCACCUCUCUCUGGGCCUAUCAUCUCUUCCUGACUGGCAGAGGCGAGACCACAAGAGAGUAUCUCAACUCACAUAAGUUCGCCAAAUCUGACCGGCAUCGACCUUUCACUCGAGGCAAUAUUCUCAAGAACUGGAUUGCUGUUCUUGGACGUCCUCGGCCUCCAACAUACAUGCAGUUCAAGGAGCAGUACCAAGACGGUGACCAGCGUCUCGGCACACAAAAACGGAAAUACCGCGUCCCUGAUGUUGAAUCUCAAGCCAUUGAGAUGCAACAUGUUGGUUCUCACCAGGGCUAA